AUGGACGAAAUUCAAUCCGCGUCUGGUACCUAUUUAAUUCUAAAAGAAGACCCAGAGUCCCUACUUCGCCUUGUUAAUAAAUAUUGUAUGAUACAUCUUAUCAGAAAUACUUCAUUUUCAGGUUACAUACAUUCGAUUGAUCCUAUUUCUAACAGUAUCAUUCUUGCAGUACCACAUAAAAGUACAUUUCAGAUUGUCAUAAUACCUGGUCAUGCUAUCAUAAAUGUUACUGAAAGUAACCAGGGCUGUGAUGCAAUAUCACCAUUUAAAAAAUUAGAUGAACAAGAUUCUAAAAUUGAUAUCAUAAGUAGAAAAUCAAAGAUCAUGGAGUGGUUGAAAUUGAACUUCCUACCAGUGUCAGAAUCAGAAGAAAAUAUAGUUAUCGGAAAUGUUCUGUUAUUACCCCCUUAUACUGUAACUGAUAUUUGUACUGAUAAUCCCAUAGUAGCAAUGCAAGUUAGGCAAAUUAUAGAAAAAAUUCCACAAGAUUCCUAA